UCGCUGUGGAGAGGAACCAUUCCACCCUUGCAACUGGCUGUUGUUGUCUGGACAACGCCGGGAACCGAAAACAAGAGUACUGCACGGGUGGGUCUACAGCUUUGGCGCGCGUGUGCAUCCAAUUUGGCUGAGAGGAGUGAGAUACAAUCAAUCUCUGAUGUGAUAACCCCGCCGUGCACACCAGUUGUUUUGAACGGCAAGUCUAAAACGAACGCUGCCGCAGUUACCUCCGGGAUGUCGCCUCCUCUGUGGGCCCUCAGCCUCCCUGUAGGCACCGUCUUCGUCUUCGUUCCCCGCGCCAUUUCGUUGGCGCUGCAAAUCAUGUCUGGAGCGCCCCUGAGGAACAGCAACCCUCGAGAGCACGCCGAGAGCAAGGAUGUCGCCGCCAAGGACACCCAUGGGUACGUGCGUCGCGCGUACGCGGCUCACCAGAACAGCUGGGAGGCCAUGAUCCUGUGGUCUGCGGCGGUUCUCGUCGCAAAGUCGACGGGGGUGGAUGUGGACGUGAUGAACAAUACGGCAGCUGUGUGGUUGGCGGCUCGGUUCGUCUACACGCCGGCGUACAUUCUGAUCAGGAGCAACACGAAGGCGUUCUUCCGAACUUUCGUCUUCAUGAUCGGCACGUCCUGUUCCAUGCGCCUCAUGUGGCAGGCCGCUUUGAAGGCUUGACGCAACUUCCUUGAGAGGGCGGUUGUCUUGAUUCACCCAUUGUCUCACCGCUUUGCGAGCAGUACGUCCCCAAAAAUCCUGGGCUCCUUUACCGCCUGGGAUCAUUCUCGGUGACGAGUAGAUUGAGGAAGUCAUUGAUUGAAUCAGGACUCGUCGGGGUGCGUUUGGCAAGGUAUUGGAUUAUUUGUGGCCCUCACUAUACGGUUCAGGGACAGUUUUCAGGUAUUGUUUGCCGUGGAUUCCGUGCCUGUGAAGGCACUUGUCGCACUGGUCGGGGUUAUGAGAAGGUGCGUCUUCGUAAGACUUGGGUGUUGUUGAACCGCCUGGCACUGAUUGGCGAUGUCGUACCUGCAUGUUUGAGGUGCGACUCUUAGGGUAGGCUAACUAGCGGAAUUUUGAGGGCUAGUUGAGCGCUCCGACCGCUUUCGAUAUUCCUGUAUGUAGGCAGGCCAUCUGUGCCGUCUGUAGUGAAAUCUUGAACGGGUUCAUAGCUGGCCAACGCCCUUGCACUGCGCGCCUGGUGUGUAAAGUAUGAGACAAAGUAGAUUUUCCUUCAUCUUCGCACAUCGUUGUUUCGAUGCGGCGAUCACGGAUAGAUAGCUCUCGCGAUGGCAGAUGCUUGUUUCCCCGGCGUAACUGGCCCGUCCGUUGCGUACGGGGUACUCACCGAACACGCGUCGAUUGCCACGGCGGCAUGAUCCGGGCGGCUUGGGGGUGGGGUCACCUUUUCAAUGCUCUCAGUGCAGCACUACUUCAUCAUGUCUUCCUGCGACUCAGUUCUCGCUGCCUGACCUUGUGGAAGGAGAUCCUGAGAUUCUUGAGACUCUCCCACGCGUUUCUCCCCGGUAUGGUGAAGUUCGAGGGCCACAGACAGAAAGAAGUGACGAGUUGUUUUCUUGUU